AUGCUAAAACGUGCUGCGUUUUUCUUACUAUUUUUCGGUUUUUCUGUUAUUCGUUUGGACGCCGUUGAAGAGGUUCCGGAAUUGAAAGAGAAUGGAGAGAAGUCAUCUUAUACUCAAUUCGAUUCUGGAACCAAAUUGGAAGUCAACAAAGAGCACAAAAGAGUCAUCAAAAUUGGACAUAUUGGUGCAGUUGGAGUGAUGCCAAACGAUGCGAAAAUUCUGAAUAUCAGCAAGGAAAGCCUAAUUGAAGAGGGUCUUGUUGGAGAUGAUAUUGAAUUUGAUGAGAGUUUUGAGGGAGUUGCAGUUGCAGCUGAACUGUAUCAUGUACAUCAGGUCAGGGCAUUUAUUGGACCGUACUGUGCAGCAGAAUUGGAAGCUGUGACAAAGAUGGCUACGUUUUGGAAUAUUCCAAUCAUCUCGUAUUCAAGUGUUCCUAAUGCUGUGUCAGAUCGAAGUGUGUACAAAACUUUGGCGAGAGUAUCCUCCAAAAACACAAAUUCCAUCGCAGAAGCCACAAUUGCAUUGCUUUUGCACUACAAAUGGAAUAAGGUCGCAAUUGCUACUAAUACAGGAGCUACAGCAUUCGAAAGAGUGUCAAUUUUCGAGGAAAUAAUGCAUAGAGAUGGAGUUUCGGUAGUUAAGAAAAUAAUGUUCGAAGAGAAUGCGGAUGCAAAUGAAAUGGCGAACUCUGGAAUGUUGGGCGAAUUGGCUAGUAAUGCGAGAAUUGUACUUUGCUUGUUUUCAUCUACAAAAGAAUUAUCAAAGGAAUUCAUGCAAGCAACGUAUACAUUGGGAAUGAACAAUGCAGAAUACGCAUAUAUCAUUCCAUGGCUCCAAAGUGGAACAAAAGACACAACUCCAUGGAUUGGAGCAGAUGGAGAGAUGCUUCAGAGAGUUAAAGAUCAUUAUGCAAAUGCUAUCAUUGUGGAUGAUGUCAACGGUUUUGAUGACACCAUCGUCAGUUCUUUUGUUGAGAAAAUUGAGAAACAUGGAUUACAAAAAGCUGAUAUUGAUACGACCAAUAUCAAUGGCUAUUUGCACUUAUUUGACUCUCUGAAACUGUAUGCGUUGGCCAUUCGGAAAGUUUUGAAUGAAACUGGUAACGAAGCAUUUGUGACCAAUGGACAGUAUAUUUGGAAUCGAAUGAGACGAAUGAGCUUUGAAGGAGUUGUAAGCCGAUCAAGUUCAGAAGAGAGCAAAGAUGCUGGAGCAAUCGGUACAGUACUCAUGGAUGAUGUGGCAGAUCGAGCUCCAAUUUUCUCCGCAUUUUUCAUUUCACCCAAUAGAGAUAAAGUGAUGAAAAUGGUCAAUAUGGGGAGUGAAUUGAUUGGAAAUUGUGAUGGGUUGAAGAAUAAAAGUGGAUGUUUCCAGCUUAGAAUCAAUGACAUAAUAUCUGGAUUCUGGCCAAGUGAAGAUGGAUCAAUGCCGUUGGAUGAACCAAUUUGUGGAUAUCGAGGACAGAGAUGCAGUUACUUAUUAGAAAUCAGCGUCGGAUCUCUUAUAGUCUUAUUGCUCAUCAUUUCUGUUGCAUUCUUUUUCCUUUUCCGUUAUUGUGAAAACCGUCAAUUGGAAAAAAUGCCCUGGCGAAUUUUCCACGAUGAUUUGCAAUUCAUAGAUGAAGAACAAGUUCGUUCGAUGAUGUCGGUUGGAUCAGUGACAACGAAGCUGAGCAAUAUGCAAACGGGACAGAAGCAACAUGCGAUUAUUGGAGUUAAUACACAUUCAACCUACCAUAAAUAUCCACAAAGAAGACCUAUCAAGUUUGUAAAAGAGGACAUGCAGCUGCUGACACAAAUGAAACAGGCGGUCCAUGACAAUCUGAAUCCAUUCUUAGGAGUUGCUUUCAAUGAAAAAGAGGAGAUGUUGGUACUGUGGAAGUUUUGUAGCAGAGGAACAAUUCAAGACAUCAUCUACAAUAUGAAUGUGGUUUUGGACGAAAAAUUCCAUGGAGCAUUUGUCAGAGAUAUCACUUUAGGGAGAAAACCACUAACACGUGAAAUGUCAAUGAAACUAGGAGAUAUAACAGGGACAUACAUUUGUAUUAAAUGGGAGAUGGAGGAAAAACCGAAAAACGGUGGUUCUCAGGGUUUGGAAUAUCUCCAUGCAUCACCAAUUGGAUAUCAUGGAUCACUCACGCCUUGGUGCUGUCUUAUCGAUAGGAACUGGAUGGUAAAGUUGUCGGAUUACGGUAUUGCUAAUCCUUUGGAACGUUGGGAGAAGCAAGGAGCAAUUAGUAUCAAUGUUGCGAAGGAUUCGGAUGAUAAGAGCGAGGCUGCACAGACGACAUCGAUUCUCUACAUGGCACCGGAGCUUCUGAAAAACAGAGAAACAAAUAAGAGAAGAGGAGUGGAUCAAACAUGGGUGAAACAGUCAAUGGCUAGACGACAAGCUGGAGAUAUCUAUUCGUUUGGAAUGGUCAUGUAUGAAAUUUUAUUCAGAAGUCUUCCAUUCAGAGAUAAUGUCAAUGUUACGGAGCUGAUCGCCUACUUGGCCGAUGGAUCGAAAACUGUUACUCCAGAAAUUCAAAAUCAAAUGGGCCUUCAUCCGGAUUUGAACGCACUUCUCAGAGAUUGUUGGAGUGAGAAUCCCGAGAUUCGUCCAUCGAUUCGUAGGGUUCGAUUGAACACUGAAAUGGUUUUAAAAACAAAGGGAAGUUUGGUGGACCAAAUGAUGAAAAUGAUGGAACAAUAUGCGAACAAUUUGGAAAAACUGGUAGCCGAGAGAACUGGAAUGUUGGAAGAAGCCAAUGUUCGAGCAGAUCAACUUUUGACUCAACUUCUACCUGCAUACGUGGCAAAUGAGUUGAAAAUGGGAAGAUCUGUCCCACCGAAACUCUACUCUUCUGCCACGAUUCUUUUCUCGGAUAUCGUCGGAUUCACUACUAUCUGUUCUGGAUCAACUCCAUUAGAAGUGGUCACAAUGCUUAAUGGAUUAUACACUGGGUUCGAUGAAUGUAUCACAAGAAACAAGAGUUACAAAGUUGAAACCAUUGGAGAUGCUUACAUGGUUGUAUCUGGAAUUCCAGAGGAAAAUGGAAAUGAUCAUUCUAAAAACAUUGCAAAUGCUGCACUAGAUAUGCGUCAGUAUUUGACAGGAUACCAGAUUCCCCAUCGUCCAAGUACACGUGUUCGGUGUCGUUGGGGAUUCCACACAGGAUCCGUUGCUGCAGGAGUCGUCGGAUUGACUUCUCCCCGAUUUUGUUUGUUUGGAGAUACUGUCAACGUGGCAUCUCGAAUGGAAUCCACUGGAACACCCGGAAUGAUUCAAAUGAGUGAAGACGCUCACAAUCACAUUCGUUCCUAUCAUCCAGUAUUCUCAACAACGAAGAGAGGAGAGGUUCAGGUCAAAGGAAAAGGAUCAUGUUGCACGUUUUGGUUGGAAGAUCGUGUUGGAGACAAAUCGACUAAAAACUACAUCAACAAUGCAGAAGGUGUCUAG